GGGAUGUGGGUCAAUUCUUAAGCUCUGCGGACUUUAAAAUAAACAGAAAGUGAAAGCAGAUGUCUGCUCUGCGUCACCCAGCCCGCGACCCCUAAGUGGAUGCAGUUCAAGUUUGGAUCGUGAAAGAAAAAAAACGAAAGUCUGGUUUUGCGGUCCUGAGGUCUAUCCUGAUGGUGCCUGCACCAGGACGUCAGUGCGCUCCGCUGGCGGUGAGAUGUCCCCCCUCUUCAUGGACACAAGAGAAGAGACUACAUCGGGCUCUGAGAGAGAAGCGGCGGGGGACCGGAGAGGCACCAUGAGACGAAUUAAGAACCGAAAUGCCGCCCGGAAGAGCCGCAAAAAACAAACAGAGAAGGCGGACGAACUCCACAAGGAGUUUGUGAGGCUGGAGGCUUCUAACUCGGCCCUGGAAAAGGAGAUUGCAGCGUUAAAAAAAGAGGUUCAGCACUACACCGCCGUCCUGCAGCGCCACCGGCCUUUUUGUGUCCUCCGAGAUUCCGUGGAGGUGGAUGCCCUCGAACCUUCCGUAUUUACCACCUCCAACCCGGAGAUUGGCAAAAACCCUCAUCUGUGCCCCUCGUCCGAUUUAAUCCCUUCCUGCCUUUUGUCACUCGCUCCUCAUUCGUUGUUUGGUGGCGACGCCAACACGGAAUUCUGCCAUUUGCCCUCGCCCUCUUUCACCACACGCCAAGACGACCUCUCAAUCGCAUCCGGAAUUUUUCAAGUUGAAGAUGCGAAAACGGCACCGCCCGAUCCACAUGCAUUUCACACCCAAUACGAGAGCCCUUCAGUAUUGGGUCAGACUGACACAAAAUGGGCCUUAAACUCAAGUCAGGAGAUGACGCCAGUGACAUCCCUGCUUCCCAUUUCGCCGAACACCUCAGAUGGAUUCUUCCCUUCAAACACACCUUCGUUGGAGCCGUACACGGGAGAGCUGUCGCUUUCGGAGUUACUGGAGAAAAACGACUGGAUUCUGAGUGUGGACGACAACCCCACCACUCUUUAAGGGCGCCCAAAAAACGUGGUGGCGGGUGACUCCAUUCGGUGCCCUUCUUUUGACUGCAGUGUCCGACUUGAUGGAAAUGACAGCAUGAUGACACGUGACCUUGUGGUCUCUUUGCUUUCACUUGUGUUAAUUUACUUCCUGUUUUACCAAGGGAGGAAGACGCAUGCUGCAUUCAUUUGUGUAUUUAUUUAUUGAACCUGAGUGAGUAACAUUCAUUGUCAUCUGAUUCAUGUUUGGUGCUAUGUUUCAUUUUCAGUCAAUGGCAGUGCUUGUAUGAUACUUUACAAAGCAGCUAACGUUGUAGCCGAACCAAUGACAAAUAAUAAAAAUGGCUUGUUUAGAAAGCAUA